AUGGAUUUAAAAAAAAUUAUGGUCAGGAAUAUUACAAAGGAGGAUAAAAAGCAAGAAAUAAGAAAAAAAUUAAUUAUGUUGGUGAGAAAAGGAGAAGAUAAAAGAAUGAGAGAAAAGAAUUUAAUUGAUAUGGGGGAGAUGAUUACGAAUAGUGUGAAGGUGGAUAAUAAGAAUAACAGUGGGGGUAGACAAGAGACCGCAGAGAAGGUGUUUUUACGGAUCUGGUCUAAUAUCUGCCCUAAAAAACACCUGGUCUAA